AUGCCGAAUUGUUUGACAGUCUCAGCCAUGAAGACUAUGUGGAACACUGAUGUGCUGGAGGUCAACAGAAAGUGGGAAGACGAGGUAGGCGACAGUCUACUUGUUCCCAUCACCUAUUGCCAUGAGAGGGAUAUCAGCAAAAAGUUGGAUCUCAAACCAAAUAUGGCUAAGGUCCAUCAAGCUUUGAACAUCUCUGCGAGAUGGUUCACUUGCUGGUAUCAAGCGAUUGCCGAUCCUGCUACUCCUGUUCAAUCUGGUUUGGCUAAACAAGUUAAGGGUAAUUUUGAUUCUUCUUCUCCUCCAUCGCCCUUGCUGGCUGACAAUUUGGUGGGUUAG